UUACGCGGUUAGCACGCUCCGCCCGAGCGCGCCAUUCAAAUAUGGAACACGAUACAAACGCGCGAGGUGACUUGUAAACAACGGUCGUCGUAAUUCGAAAUUUAAUUUAUUUGUUUAAUAUUUUUCUUUUUAAAUUUAAAAAUGUUAUAUAAUGUUACAAAUGUUAUCAGCAGUGGACGCUAUUUAUUUUGUGCAGCUAAACCUUUAUAAUGUGACUACAUUUUUCGUUCUGUUCAUACUACUUGCGGUGCAUGUGAAAUUGAACCAAAAUUUGUGUAAAUUACUAUGCACAGCUACGAAAGCAUAAAAAUGAAGUUUAUAUCACUAAUCACGUUGUGUGCUAUAACCUCAGCACACGAGAUUACCCAAUUGAAGGUGCCGUUAUAUGCAGAUCCGCGGAGACCCGCGGUCCUAAGCUGCCAUUUUCAAAUGGACGAUCAGAAAUUACAUUCUGUCAAGUGGUACAGGGAUAUGAAUGAAAUAUUUAGAUAUAAUCCCUCUCAGAAGCCACCUAUACGACUGUUCAACGUAACGGACAUCAUGGUGCAAGGAGGGGAGUGUCAAAUAGAUUCGUGUAUGGUGAAAGUUAUGCCACCUCCUGUAGCGACGAGGGCCGCAUAUACUUGUGAAGUCUCUACAGAGGGUCCAAAGUUCCAGAUAGCGAGGCAAACCAAGCACAUGACUGUUGUUGCGAUGCCGGAUCUGGAUCCAGUUAUAAGUGGAGCCCCAAAGGUGCUGAAGCCUGGCGAGCAGAUAUUCCUGAAUUGUUCAUCGGACUAUUCAUUGCCGCCGUCGGAUAUAAAUUGGUAUAUCGACAACGAGCUACAAAAGCCCGAAGCUUGGCAGAGGACGGAGCUGAGUGCAGUUCAGCCUGGUGGUCUUCGUAUGUCCUGGCGAGUGCUGAGGCUACGGGUUCCGACUACAGUUAGCGGCGCGUUGAGGAUACGCUGCGAAUCCAUACUGUUGGUCGAACCUCCUGUAGUUCGAGACACGGCCACAAUCAUCACUGUGCACUCUCAGACACAGUUAUCGAAAUAUGUUUCUAAUAAUAGAGGUAUAAACAUAACUGCAAGUACAGUGUUAUUAAUAGCAGUAACGUGGACUCUUAAUGAAAUAUCAAUAUUCAUGAGCUUAUGAGGAUGGGUUUGAAGUUUAUCUGGUGAUAUUAGUGUAAGUGUAGAUAAUAACGAUUGGCAUACAUUUCGUGUACCUACCACAAAUGUAACAAAGAAAUUUAUUGUAACUAUAGAACAAAAUUACAUAAUUAUGUAUAAAAUCCCGAAACAAAAAUUACCUAAGGAACCUCAUAAUUAUGUAUCGUGAAGGAUUUAUUAUUUUUUGUACAUUCUAAAAUAUUAGAAAUUGUAUAAAGUAAGGACAUAUAAAAAAUAAUAUAUAGAGUUGUUCCAUAUAUAGGUGUGAAGUCAGGUUUAGAUUAUUAACUACAAUAAAAUUAUUUCUUAUUUGAAAACUGCAAAUAUUAAUUAUGUAAGCAUCAAAAACGGUAUUUGGGAACAGAAAUUCUAUAACACACUACCAGAAUAAUCAUAUUGUUGUUAUUAAAAAGACCGUAAGUAGUUUAUUAAUUAUAAUAUUGUAGGUAUUCCAAAUUUCCUUAACUCAGAUAAAUUAAACUCAAUUUAAUGCAAUAGUAAUCAGAUAAUUUAUUUUUUCUGUUUUAUUGGAAUUAUUAUCUAAACCUGCCUUCACAAUAAAUUCUUGAAAAAUAAAACUAUAAUUGUAAUAUAAACAAAAAUAUUAUGUUUUUUUAUUAUAUCACUUUUGUAGAUCUUCUGAACGUUAAUUAGUUAUUUGUAAUAUAAAUUACUGAUAGAUGAAUUAUUAGGCAUUAAUCUAUGGCUGUGUUUUCACUUAAGAUAAUGUCAAUUCUUUGCACGACAUCAUCUUUUAAAUAUAUUGUACAGUGACACAAAAUUGAUGUUUUGUUUCUGUUUUCUUUGUAUUGUAUUUAUUGUAAAUUUUAAAUGGAAUACGUAAAUAAAGUUAUUGAGAAAUACCAUUGUAUGGAUUCAUUUCUGUGUAACUGCUCUUUUUAUAUUUCUAUAUUUCGCGUCAUGCGUAUUUCGCCAAUUUAGCCCAAAUCAUACAAA